GAGUUAAGUUCACAGGACGCAGGGAAGUUCUCUGCAGACAAAUGUUCGGCGGCGCUGAUCUCCAUCACAGAGAAGCUGCGCGUAAAAACCCCCGAGAAGUCAGCUCGGAGCGCUGCUGCACACUCCGCUAACAAGAGACCGGACAGGCGCUUCACCGAGGGAACAGAGGAAGAGGAGGGGAAGAGGAGAGAGAUAGAGAGAGAGGCUGAGAUAGAGAUCCUAUCUCACUCUCCCCAGUUGAGGUCUUCAGCGGAUCGUUCAGCGGAUCGCAACUGCAGGACAAUGUCUAGCAAAGCGACCUUAGCCUUACUCAUCUAUGGAAUCAUAAUGCACUACAGCGUCAACUGCUCACCUGUGGGGCUUAGCUUCCCCACUAGACUUGACAGUGAGGUUUAUGAUGAGGAUGGAAAUUCCCUACCCUCCCUGGAUUAUGACAGAGACCAAAUGGAUGUGAGAAACCCUUCGUCUCACGAUGGCGACGUCUACACUUUGUAUUACCCUCCGGACAAAAGUGGGGGGAAAGUGUUGGAGGACAGCUCAGAGCCCCUGUCCAAGCGACACUCAGACGGGAUCUUCACAGACAGCUACAGCCGCUACCGAAAGCAAAUGGCAGUGAAGAAAUACCUGGCGGCCGUCCUUGGGAAAAGGUAUAGACAGAAAAUUAGAAACAAAGGACGCCGGCUGGCAUAUUUGUAGCAUCCUCCCCUCCUGACUUAUACCAGAAAAAAAACCUAAGUGUGUGCAGCCCCAGAUGAAGUCCUUCUGACAUCUGAACAAUCAGUGGAUCGCUUUUAUGUUCUUAAACAUGUAUUUAUGUAUGAAGUAAGCCAUUAAAAUGAAUAUUUUGAUAAUAAUAUUGUUUUUAUUUUGUACUUAAAGCACUUGAGGACACAUUUAUCGACUUUGUGGACCAAUUUUUGUUCGUUAUGAGAAAAAAAAAUAGCCUCUAUUUAUGUAUUCAUUGAUUUAUUUUUCUUAGACCUAUUGAUUGAGGGGAGACAGUUGUUCUCGUGACGAUUUGCUCCAACAGCCCUGUCUUUUAAACAUUUCAGUGCUAAGAGAUAAGAUUGUGAGGAAAAUAAAUUGUUUAAAAGACAAUCAAUGUAUUGAAUGCUGCUUUUUGUAAAGUGACAUUAAGAGUUUAGUUGUCUUUAUCCACAACAGCCUUGAAGACAUAGGUUUUCACCAUAUCCUACAAGACAUAGACUUUGACGCCCUCCCGGACGGGGAUGAGUUUGAGGCUUUUUUGGGAGACUGGCUGAAACAGUUCUCCCCCGAAUUUCCGGUGAGUUUCAGGCUCUUUCCUAAGGCCGUGUCCUUGCAGGGGGGCGUCUCUCACGUCCCUCCCUUUUUUUUCUCUCACCCUUAACUCUGAACCUUGUGAUCACGCUCCAAACUCUCAAAUCCAACUCUUCUUCCACCUCAUUUGUGCUCCUGUCUCAUUCGAGUCUGGCAGAUUCCACCUUUAAUCCCGCCUGUACAGCCGCCACAGCGUACAGGCUGAAAAUGGACAGGCUCUGACUGAUAUGUUAUACAUAUCACCGCUGAUUGAUAUGAAAGGUAGAGAUUUAUCUGCAUCCUGUCACUGGAUGGAAGGAUGAUUAACGAUAAUUAUCAGAUCUGGUUUAAACCAGACUUGAGCCCUGCUGGCUUUCAAAGUGCCAGUUUUUUAAGUCAUGAUAGGAAAAAAAAAAAAAAAAAAAAAAAUGAGAUGAGGACCAGAGUACUCUUGAGGUUUUUCUUGUCCUUUUCUUCCGCAGUGUUUACAGAGUGAGCUUUCACCUUUGACUCGUGUAAAGUGCCAAUCUUGUGUUUCUCUCAGCUGUGUGUUUGGAAACCUCUUACUCUGCUGAAGGUUUCCUCAUGUCACUCUGCCCAUAUAAUAAGUAUCACUGUAUUUAAAGCACCACCAGGCAAAUUUCAAAAAAGCAUAAAAAAACCCCACACACAAAGAAAUGAUACUUGUUACAUGGUUACCCAUCGAUUUCUUUCUUUCUGAGAGACAUAUGAGGCAGUUUGGACUUUUGUGUUUGAACCUUCUGGGUCUAUUGUGCUUCCCUUUUCUGUCAUGUGAACCAAUGUAAAAAAACUACAGUAGAAUGCAUGAUUAAAGUAAUUGCACUAGCCACUGCAUCUCUGCAGACGA